GGGCGCCGCGGCCGCCCGCAGCCCGGCAUGGAGGAGGACGAGGCGGGCGCGGAGCCGCGGGGCUCCCGCCGCCGCUCGCCCAGCCCUGGCCGCCUGGAUGUGAGCUCCAGCCGCUUCGACCCGCUGCUGGCGCUCUACUCGCCGCGCACGCCGCUGCCCUUCCCCGCCGCGCCCUGCUUCAACAACCUCGCCGAGUACGAGAGCUUCCAGCGCGGCCUGCGCCGCCCGCACGGCCGCCGCGGUGCCCCC